GUUCGGCUUCCAGAAGAAUCUCGCUUUCUUGUUUAUUCUUGUUUUGGCGUUUGCCCAUUAUUUCCAAACUAAAUCAACACAACGUCAGCAUCUGUAAACAGAAGUACGACCAUGGAUAAACCACAGAUAAUUGCACAUAUCCAAAAAUCGGUCAACUUCACUCUUUUCGACGCAAAAUGGAUCCCGUCUAGUGCCAAGUUCGUGGUCCUCGGUAACCAUGCACGCGGAACCGGUGCCAUACAGAUAUAUGAGGUUUCACACGGAGAUGCAACUAUUGUCAAAGAGGUGGAAAAGUCCAAGGGCUUUAAAUGUGGGACAUUUGGAGCAUCAAGUCUACAACAGAGAUAUUUAGCCACUGGAGACUUUGAUGGGAAAAUGCACAUAUGGAAUCUUGAACAACCAGAGUUACCAAUUUACUCUGUGAAGGCACACAAAGAAAUUGUCAAUGCUAUUGAUGGUGUUGGAGGCCUAGGUAUUGGUGAGGGGGCUCCAGAAAUUGUCACAGGAAGCAGAGAUGGUGCAGUUAAGGUCUGGGACCCUCGUCAGAAGAAUGAGCCUGUGGCCACAAUGGAGCCAGGGGAGGGCCAGGAUAAACGGGACUGCUGGACAGUAGUAUUUGGUCACGCCUAUAACCAGGCAGACAGAUGUGUUUGUGCAGGCUAUGACAAUGGUGAUAUCAAGUUAUUUGACCUGAGAAACAUGCAGCUUCGUUGGGAGAAUAAUGUUAAAAAUGGUGUUUGCGGUCUAGAAUUUGACAGGAAGGAUAUCAGUAUGAACAAACUAGUUGCAACAACAUUAGAGUCAAAAUUCCAUGUGUUUGACAUGAGAACUCAGCAUCCUACAAAAGGAUUUGCCAGUGUGUCUGAAAAGGCACAUAAAUCAACCGUGUGGGGAGCGAGACAUCUACCACAGAACAGGGACAUCUUCAUGACAUUGGGAGGAAAUGGAUCACUUUUCUUAUGGAAAUAUUCAUACCCCCACCAGCGAGUGGAAAAGGACAGUGAAGGGAAUGAGAGGGGAGUUCCUGGGACUGUGAACCUCGCACAGAAUAUUACCAUGACAACACAACCAAUCAGUUCCCUAGACUGGAGUCCAGACAAGGAGGGACUCUGUGUUUGUACCUCAUUUGAUCAGACAUUACGUGUCCUGGUGGUCACAAAACUUAACCGCAUGUGAGGAUGAGCUUCAAACUUACUUUAAAUAUCAACAUUCAAGACUCAACAUAUUGGUUGUUGCAGGAUUUAGCUGGAUUUUACCAAAAUCUGUAUUAAGAUUAUAAUCCAUGACUAUAUCAGUUGCAUGUCAACAAAAAGUCAUGAGUUAUGACUUUACAGUUGGUGUAUUUGAAUUCCACAAAUAACCGUGGUGAUUGCAUCCUCUGGCAACUGCUAGGGAGAAAAGAUCAUGCUAACUGACACAGAAGGGUAAUACACUGGGCCACAGAGGGAAUAUUUGACCCAUACAAAGAUCAGGAGGUCUGCUUCCAGUAGUCAUGACUGAUAUGAGGGAAGAAGUGCAACUCAUGUAAAUCAUAAAAUAACAUACUAUAGCUGCAUUCUACAUUCAAGAUAAUUUCUGUUUUCAUAAAUGCAGCAUAUAAGACUUAUUGGUUGCUGAGUGAUACAGGAGUAUUACCCUCUUAAGGCUCAAAGACCAAGUGAUAUAAUGGCCAAAGGUGUAUACAGCCUAUUAAUAUGAUUCUGGCCCAUAUAUAUGUGUAGGUAAAAUUCUUUGCAAUACCAUUACCUACAAAAAGGAAAAAGUAGUGUGUCCAAAUAGAAAAUGGAAUAUAAACAUUGCGAGAGUCAGUGAUACAAAUGAUGUGUGGUUGCAAAGACGGUUUCUAUUAUAUUUUCAUUCAUUCUUUUAUUUAUUUUCAAUUAUGUUAAUUCAUCAAUACAAAAAUUGAUCGAGGUACUAUUUUACAAAUGGUGUUUGAAAUCUUACCUCUUUGAGUGAACUGUUUGAUUUAUUAUCAGUAUUAGCAUACAUUACAUGUAAAUCCUCUGUGUUUGUGGUUUAUCAUACAAGGCUACAAGCCAAGAUCUUCUAAAUUCUAUUUUGUUUUUGUGUUCACCUCACAUACAUUGUAGAAUGUUCACUUCACAUACAUUGUAGAAUGUUCACCUCCCAUACAUUGUAGAAAUAUGACCAUACUAAAGAAAUUCUUUAUGUAAAAAAUAAUGUAAUUUCAUGACAAAUCAAUAUAUUGCCAGUAUAAGAAAAAUAAAUUACAUUUUGUUUACUCAUUUUGAAGAAUUUAUGUUUGAUGUAUCAUAUGCUAUGUUUAAUAAUAAAAUCU